GUCAAUGUCAUCGAAUUUCUUGGAUACACACAUGUUGUUUUCGUUGCCCAGAGUUUCAAUUUUAUAAUUUUUAUACCAGCGCUGGUCGUAAUAGUGUAGUUGUCGUUAAUUUAUUGAAAUUAAAAAUUAGAAAAGAUGGAAGACGGCGAGAAUGUAGUGAUAGUUAAAGCUAAGCCAAAAAAAGUGUUUAAAGGCGUUACGAAAACAGUCAAUAAAAUACCUGCAGAACUACUCAACGAUCCACUGAUUAAUGCAGCAAUUAGUGCAUUGCCACAGAAUUAUAAUUUUGAAAUUCACAAGACCAUCUGGCGCAUACGAGAAAUGAAAGCAAAGAGGGUCGCCCUACAAAUGCCCGAAGGAUUACUCAUGUUUUCGCUGAUGAUCUGUGAUAUUAUCGAGAGAUUCACCGAUGCCGACACCGUUAUUAUGGGAGAUGUAACGUACGGAGCGUGUUGCAUAGACGAUUUCACUGCAAAGGCAUUGGGUGCUGACUUGUUAGUUCAUUACGGUCACAGCUGCUUGAUACCGAUGGACCAAACUGUUGGAAUUAAAGUGCUCUACGUGUUCGUUGAUAUCAAAAUCGACGCAGUCCAUUUCAUCGAAAGUGUAAAAUUAAAUUUUGCAUCCGAGAAGAAAUUGGCAUUCGUCAGUACGAUACAGUUUGUUUCGACGUUGCAUGCCGCUGCUAAAGAGCUGAGAAACGACGGAUAUACGGUCGAUGUUCCUCAAUCGAAGCCUCUAAGUCCUGGUGAAAUAUUGGGAUGUACGUCUCCGAGAUUGGAUAACAUUUCUACGAUCAUUUACCUUGGAGAUGGUCGUUUCCACCUCGAAUCGGCAAUGAUUGCUAAUCCAUCGAUUGAAGCCUUCAAAUAUGAUCCAUACGAAAAGAAAUUCACCAGAGAACUAUACGAUCACAAGCAAAUGAGAUACAAUCGGAAAAAGAGCAUCGAUCAGGCGAGUCAAGCACAAUCGUUUGGCUUAAUAUUGGGUACAUUGGGUCGGCAGGGAUCACUCAAAGUAAUGAAAUACCUGCAAUCACGCAUCAAUCAUCACAAUCGUAAGGCGGUAAUCAUUCUAUUGUCCGAGGUGUUUCCAACCAAAUUGGCCUUGUUUAAUGAUAUCGAUGCAUUUGUCCAAGUAGCAUGUCCACGGCUAUCCAUUGAUUGGGGCACAGCAUUCGAUAAGCCUCUUCUCACUCCAUACGAAUUGUCUGUUGCACUGGGUGAUGCUAAAUGGGCCAUUACAGACAGUGUUCAAGCAGUUACCGAUUCAGAAAAUUAUCCAAUGGAUUUUUAUGCUUCGAACAGUUUAGGAUACUGGACACCGAAUCAUAAACCUCCGGAUGGCUGUGAAAAUGCAUUUAAACGGAGCGACUGUUGUGGCAAGUGUGAGAAGAAGGCUUAGAAUUUUUUUUAAAUUUUACGGAGUAAUAAAUUAUGAUUUCGAAAUUUAAAAAAAA